AUGGAUAAAAGAAAACGCUCUAACUUCAAUCAAUCUAAAUAUUGGCUCGACGACUCGGAACAUUUCGAUGACAAGUCCAGCGACGAAGAUACUAAUGUAAAUCAUGAUUCUGAAGAUGCGGAAAUACCUUCUACUCUUCAAGAUACUUCUGAUGAAUCAGAUGAUGGCACGGUCGAAAAGGAUUCAGGUGAUGAAUCCGAUGAAAAUAGUGUUGAUACCGAAAGUAUGAGUGACGAAGAACCACCUAGACGUCGAGCAAAACGUAAACCACAAGUUAAACCAACACCGGUUAAAAUAUUUUCUUCAAAAUCUGGUCGACAAUGGACAUCGAAAGAACCUCCCAAGAAAAAAGUUCCAAUUGCUAAUAUAUUGCGACAGCGAACUGGUGUUGGUCGACCAGCAGCAGAUAUACAAACUCUAAAAGAAGCAUUUCAACUUCUGAUCACUCAGGAAAUGGUUCUUCUUUUGGUCAAAGAAACCAACCGACGAGCACAUCUACUCUUGGAACGAUGGAGUGAAGAAAAUCCUGAUGAAAAAAGUGGGGUCGAUCGAAUGAAUCAGAUGGUUCAGACAUAUUCAUGUAAACGAAAAACAAAACGAUGGCCAAUGACGUUCUUCUUCAACAUAAUUGAUGUUGGUGCUCUUGCUGCUUGCAUCGUUUGGUUAACUAAAAAUCCUCAAUGGAAUGAGAAGAAAUGCUAUCGUCGACGUAUAUUUCUAAUGGAAUUAGGUUAUGAUCUCAUUCAAUCUCAUUUGGAAAGACGACAACAUCAGCCACAAGCACUUCAAAAAGGCGUUCGAAUAGCUAUGCAAGCAAUUGGACUAACUGUUGCUACUUCACAACCGAAUACAGUUUCAACAGACACUGCAAAGCAGCGUUGUCAUCUUUGUCCGCGAGAGCGCGAUCGGAAAGUUGUUACUCAUUGUUCAAGUUGUAAUAUUCCCUGUUGUCCUGAUCAUCAUAAAGUUAUUUGCACUGUGUGUAGCGAAACAUUUUUAGGAUAA